UAUCCUCCUGGAGGACGGGAGGAACCACAUCAUCGGGAGGUCCAAGGAAACGAAAAUACGAGACAAGCGAUGCUCCAAGAGUCAGGUUGAACUUCUUGCAGACUACAGUUCUUACACAGUCACUGUUAGACAACUUGGAGCCAACACAACAGGUGUGAAUGGAAAACCACUUGAAUUUGGUAAUACUUCAGUUCUCAAACAUAACGACAUUUUAGAGAUUCUAUUAGGUGAGCACCUGCACAAAAUAGAAUUUGAUCCCCCUCCAGACAGUACUGCACAAAAGGACCAAGCGUUUGAAGACAUGCCACGCAAAGCAGCAGCAGCAGCCAACAAACGCAGGGCUUCAAACGAGGACGAGAAGUCAAUUAUGCCGAAGAGAACAAAACCCAAUAAGUCAGAGGAGAGUGAAGGCUGGGAGGAGCAUUUCGAUGGAGAUUUACUAGUUUACAAAAAGGAUAUGGAGGGCAGAGAAAAGAUAGCUGGAUAUGAUAUGGAUAGCACUCUAAUUACAACCAAGUCAGGAAAAGUAUUUGCUCAAAAUUAUGAUGACUGGAUGAUUUUGUACUCGGAAAUUCCUGGGAAGCUAAAACAGCUGUAUAAGGAUGGAUACAAGAUUGUCAUCUUCACCAAUCAGGCUGGCAUUAGCAGAGGGAAACAGACUGUUUCAGGAAUACAGAAAAAGAUUUGCAACAUCAUUGAAAAGUUGGGUGUCCCCAUUCAAGUCUUCGUGUCCACAGGCAAAGGCAAAUGGAGGAAGCCAUGCACUGGCAUGUGGGAGUUUCUGCAGGAGGAGGCCAAUGGAGGUGUGGCAGUCGACAUGAGCAAAAGUAUGUACAUAGGUGACGCAGCAGGCAGGCCAGCCGAAGGCAAGAAGAAGAAAGACUUUUCCUCAAAUGACCGUCUCUUUGCCCUCAAUCUGGGCAUCAGCUUCUACACUCCUGAGGAGCAUUUCCUGGGUGUCAAAACUCAGAAGUUCAAUAUGCCUGAAUUUGACCCACGAACAGUUGACGACUCAUUGAAAUUGUUUGAUCCACCGACCACCAAAGUUCCAAAAUUCAAGACUGAGGUAGUGGUACUAGUUGGGUUUCCUGGAGCAGGGAAAAGCUUCCUUGCAGAGAACCAUUUUGCUCCCUUAGGCUAUGUUGUAGCUAACCGGGACACUGUGGGUACCUGGCAAAAGUGUGUUUCUAUGCUGGAGAAAUCUGUGCAGGAAGGAAAGCAUGUUCUGAUUGACAACACUAACCCUGAUGUUGAGUCUCGGAAGCGCUAUGUUACUGCUGCGAAGAAGAUGAAAGUUCCAAUUCGCUGCUUCAUCCUUAAUGCAUCAAAAGAUCAUUCUAGGCAUAACAAUAAGUUCCGAGAAUUUUCGGGUGCUGACCACUCCAAAGUGAGUGACAUGAUUUAUCAUUCUUACGGCUCCAAAUAUGAGGAACCAUCGCUUGCUGAAGGUUUUGAAGACGUCGUGCGGGUAAAUUUUGUUCCCAAGUUUAGGUCAAAGGAAGACGAGGAGUUCUACAAGAUGUUUUUAUUGGAAAAAUAACUACAAUUAUCCUGUCAUUGGAGAGAGCCA